UGAUUCAUUUGCUUAUUAUCUUUCAGGUGUGACCAGAGAUGGUCUUAGCAGGCACUUCUUUCACAGGCCUUCCAAAGCCUACACAACAGGCACAAGGAAGAGGAGAAAGAUUCAAACUGAAUGUGACCUCCAAGGUGGUGAAACUAGGUGGCAUAAGACUGGCAAAACCAGGCCUGUCAUGGUUAAUGGCAAGCAAAAAGGGUGCAAAAAGAUCCUUGUUCUCUACACUAAUUUUGGGAAACACAGAAAACCAGAGAAAACCAAUUGGGUCAUGCACCAAUACCACUUGGGCCAACAUGAGGAAGAGAGAGAAGGUGAAUUGGUUGUCUCCAAGAUUUUUUAUCAGACCCAACCAAGGCAGUGUAGCUGGUCUGAUAAGAGUGUAGAGAGAGAAAGUGUUGGGGUAGAAAGAGAAAGGGCAAAAGCAAGUUGUCAGGCUAGCAGUUCUGAAUUGGCAAUUGAGCAUGUCACCAAAGAAGGUGGGCAUAGGGAUGAUAUGGUCUCUGGUUUUGUAGCCAUGGAUGUGCAGCAAAUGAAGGCUAAUGACCAUUUUAGCUUUGCUCCUUUCAGGAAGAGCUUUGAUGAGGUUGGAAUGUGUGAGAGUUCUAACGUGACAGAGAGCUCAACAAGCCUGUGCAACCCUGGCAGCUGUGAAGAGCGAGAAAGCUCGAGUGGCCUCUCAACCACCAUGGCUCAAGCUCAUAUGGGUCAUCAACAACAGGUUGCUUACCACAUAAGCAGGCCUUCCAACCCUAUAUCUGCCAUUAUUUCUCCUCCUCCAUUGCACCAUCAAACCACUCUUGUGAUGGAUGACUCUUUCCAUGUCUCAAGGCUCCUCUUCCAAGGUGACAAGUUUCAGCAUCAGCAGCAGCAACACAAGAUAGCAGAGAGGCCAGGUUCUCACAAGAUCUCCUUGGAUGAGCUGUUCAUGGAUUGCACUCCUUCAGAUAUGAAAGAGGUAACACCCCACAAAACUCUCAAAGUUCUAGAGAGAGAGAGAGAGAGUUCUCUCAUGAGUUAGAGAAAGAAAAUCAAACCAA